AUUUCCAUCGUUCAACUCAACCAAAACAGCAAAAUGGUAAUGAGAAAUUAUCGAUUGUUUUGAGGAAGACUCGUGUUUCGAGUGGUUUUUCUUCAAGAAACAGGGUCUUAAAACCAUUAUUAUAUUACAUUAUGCAGGUUUCUGUGAUGAGCUCGAUCGAUACCACCCAUGAAGACAUGAUUCAUGAUGCCCAGAUGGACUAUUAUGGCCGUAAACUUGCCACUUGCUCGUCAGAUCGCAGUGUCAGGGUCUUUGAAGUGAAUGGUAACACACAGACCCAUGUUGCUACUUUACGAGGCCAUGACGGUCCAGUUUGGCAGGUUUCCUGGGCGCAUCCAAUGUUUGGUGGUCUACUGGCUUCCUGUUCCUAUGACAGAAAGGUAAUUAUCUGGAAAGAAAACAGUAAUGGAUGGAUGAAGUUGCAAGAAUUUAUAAACCACGAUUCAUCAGUGAAUUCUCUUUGCUGGGCUCCUGAAGCCUAUGGAUUGAUGCUGGCUUGUGGCUCCUCAGAUGGAAGUGUUUCAAUCAUAUCAAGUGAAGGUGACGGACACUGGGAGGUAAAAAAGAUCAACAAUGCACACACAAUUGGAUGUAAUGCUGUCAGUUGGGCGCCUUCGACGCAUCCAGGGUCCCUUUUAAUGUAAAUUGCUGAUGAUCCGAAGCGUGGCGAAAUAGAGAAACGAUUAGUGACUGGAGGCUGCGAUAAUUUGGUAAAAAUAUGGAAGAUGAGUGCAACUGAUGGCCAGUGGGAAGAGGAAGAGAAGCUGGAAGCACAUAGCGAUUGGGUGCGUGAUGUGGCCUGGGCGCCAAAUAUUGGAUUGCCUACAAGUAAAAUUGCCAGUUGUUCCCAGGAUCACUACGUCAUAGUAUGGACGAAGGAUGAGACAAAACCUGGCCAAUGGGAGGCCGUAAAAAUUCAUCAAUUCAACGAUGUCGUUUGGCAUCUAAGCUGGUCAUUUGCAGGAAAUAUCUUGGCUGUCUCUUGUGGUGACAACAACGUCACAUUAUGGCGGGAAACUGUGGAAGGGUGGAUAUGCGUUAGUGACGUUAAUAAAGGCGCCGGUCAAGAGCCAGCCAAAUAACUGUUCUCUAUGGUGAAGAAAUGUAUCUCCUCCAUAUUAAGUGUAUCUGCUUUUUUUGCAUUUUUUCUGUACGUUUGAAAGGCUAUAGUUUUGCCAUCUAAACUUUUGUUUAUGAUCAUGUAUUCAGUCUUUCUGUUCAGUUUUCUUUAUCAGCUUUCGAGAAUUGAGCUAUACUUCUGAAACCAAAAAAACGUUAUCUUGUUUGGAAGGGAUCAAGAGCAAGGGCUUAAGUUGUCUGUGUAGCCAAAUAAAUGGCGCAUCUUUAGCAUUUCAAUCAUUUGACAAUAUUUGCGCAAACGUUUGUACUUUAAAGAAUGGAAUGAUAUGCUUAACUUAUCAGCGGUAUUUUACUGAGGUAAUCACAAAGUAUUAAGAAAAAUUCUAUGAAAAAAGCAUAAAGUUAAUGUGAAAGGUUGCUCGUUGCAAAGAUAUUCUUCUUUAAGCAUCGAGCAUCACCCUUAGCAUCAUUUAAGGCGGGAACGAUUUUUCCCGCGUAUGCUACGAAAACUUUAUUUAAACUACUUAUUGCUUUGUUACCAAAAGAGAUGAUUUCAAAGUAUGUUAGAGAUCGGUUGUUUAAGCUUUGUUUUUGGUCAGCUGAGGAUAAUUUGUAAUCGACGAACUUCCAGUUAUGUUAGAUCAUUAAUAUGAAUCGAAGUAUUUUAUUUUUCA